AUGAGCCUCGUCGAGCAGAUAAGCAACAUGGCCUCUAUAGCAGGAUUGCCAGACUUACCGGACCUACCACUAUCUGUUGCUGGUCCAGCUGCUGCUGCUGCUUUCGCCUACCUGAACGCAAAGCUAGGCAUAUCCCAUGACUUGGGACUGAUAUCCAUAUAUGUGCGAUCACUCAUACGAGGGGCCCUCAAGGACCGGAGCAACAAGUGGAAUCACUUCUAUUUGCUGGAGGAAUUUGCCUUGGACCCCAAGAAGGCAAAGGAGGUCUUUAUCGUGUACCAGGGCAAAGAAUGGACGUACAGACAGACCUACGACACCGCGCUUCGAUACGGAAACUGGCUCAAGAAUGUUCACAAUGUCAAGGCAGGAGAAGUCGUUGCCAUGGAUUUCUUGAACUCGGCUAGCUUCGUGUUUGUCUGGAUGGGACUAUGGAGCAUUGGUGCACUUCCGGCGUUCAUCAACUAUAAUCUGACAGCUGCUCCGUUGCUUCAUUGCGUCAAGGUGUCCACUGCAAGUUUGCUUUUGGUAGACAGUGAGGUUAGGCACGCUGUCCCGCCAGAAAUUGUUGAGAAGCUAGGAGCUCCAGACUUCAGGGAGAAGGGAGGCGCCGUGGAGGUGAUAUUCCAUGAUGAGAGCUUGCAGGCCAAGAUCUUGCAGAGAGAACCCUGGAGGGCUCCAGACACAGACCGACAGAACCAAGCUCGGUCCGAUGCUGGCAUUCUCAUCUAUACAAGUGGCACCACGGGUUUGCCCAAGGCAGCUAUCCUUCCCUGGGGCAAGCUUCUCCUGGCAGGAACGUUCGUUUCUAAGUGGCUGGGGUUCUCGAAAUCUGAUCGUAUAUACACGUGUAUGCCACUCUAUCACUCAACGGCUGCAGUCCUAGGCUUUUUCGCCUGUUUGGCUAGUGGAACAACUUUUUGCAUUGGCCACAAGUUCUCUGCAUCUCAUUUCUGGGAUGAUGUACGUAACAGCAACGCUACCGUUGUGCAGUAUGUUGGAGAGACUAUGCGCUACCUCCUUGCCAGCCCGUCCAAAAAGGACCCCGAAACAGGCGAAGAUCUCGACAAGAGACACAGCGUCCGACUAGCGUAUGGCAACGGGCUACGACCAGAUAUCUGGGGCCGGGUCAAGGAGCGAUUCGGAAUCCCAACGAUAGGCGAACUCUACUCAGCUACCGAGUCGACCUCCGGACUGUGGAAUCUUUCGUCCAACAGCUUCACUGCUGGAUCUAUCGGACGCUCUGGCUCAAUUGCCGACCUGAUUCUCGGCAACACUACCGCCAUCGUCAAGCUCGACCAUGACACGGAACUGCCAUGGCGAGACCCAAAGACCGGACUGUGCAAGCGGGUGCCCCGAGGCGAGCCAGGCGAGCUGCUCUAUGUUCUGGAUGCGGCAAAUAUCAAGGAGAAGUUCCAGGGCUACUUCAACAACGCCAAUGCCAGUGAUACCAAGGUCCUUCGAGAUGUCCUGAAGAAAGGCGACGCCUGGUUCCGCACCGGCGACGUCAUCCGUUAUGACCCCGAGGGGCGAUGGUACUUCUCCGACCGCAUCGGCGACACCUUCAGAUGGCGAGGAGAGAACGUCUCGACCAACGAGGUUGCCGAAGUCCUUGGAUCGCACCCUGAGGUCCACGAGACGAACGUCUACGGCGUGCUGUUGCCUCACCAUGAAGGCCGUGCUGGCUGUGCCGCCCUGAUCAUUAACGGAGUCGACCCUAAUGCCGAAAAGCUGGAGCCGUCAGCGGCCUUCCUGUCCUCCCUGGGCGAGCAUGUCACCAAGAACCUUCCCAAGUACGCUGCUCCGCUGUUCCUCCGCAUCACUCGCGCGCUGGAGAUGACGGGCAACAAUAAGCAGCAGAAGACCUCGCUGCGUACAGAGGGCGUUGAUCCCAACGUCCUCGAGAGCAAGAACAGCAAGGACCGGCUUUACUGGCUCAGAGGGAAAACGUAUGUGCCAUUUGAGAAGAAGGACUGGGAGAAGCUCAACGCCGGCCAGGUCAAGCUGUGA